AGUUCCUCUCAACCUUUUGGCUUCGCACCCAAGAUACACUCUUUACUAUCUAUUAUCAAUCUCUUUUACGAACACGGCACCUAUUCGCAUUCGCGCACAUUGGCGUCAUAGUGGACAGUCCUAGAUGUUGCGUUUUUGUGAUGUACAAAUAACACAGGCUUGUCCUGAUUGCCGCGUCUCCGGACAUGGUUGAGGAUUUGUGAUUUAUAUAUCGCACUAGACGCAGGAGCAAAACGAAAACUUCGUUACUUGCGCGACAACUACUUCGUAAUUUCUCGACAGUCUUUCGCUUUCCUGAGAGGGUGGCUUUACUCUCGAUCUCGUCUCGCCAAGCAAAAAGAUAGUGGAACCAGAAAACAUCGAUCCGAACUCGAAAAACGGUCUCGUAAUUAUGCUAUGAUUUUUAUUUAUGCCUUUAGUUUUCGCAGCCAUUCCUCAGGAUGAUGUUAUACUACUUUCAGGAGCAAAAAUGGGUAUGCAAAUAGGCAAGACGAACAAAAAAGCGCAAGCCGUUAUCAACCACCUCACAGUGUUUGUCUUGGAGAUGUUAUAUUCUGUUUGAAGCUAGUGCGAUGAAUAGCGAUUUUUUUGGGUUUUGCUUACUUCUGUGGAAAAACUGUACAUAGUCAUACAUUGUGGCACAGGGAGCAGCAAUGAUGUAGCGUUUUUUCUCUCAGUUGCCACUUUGAUGACCGUGUUUGACUCGUGACCUGGUCGUUGGGAUAUUCCCGGGUCCGCCUGCUACUCCCUGUAAGUAAAUUGGAAGAUUUAAAAAUGUUGUAAAGAUAACGAGUCUUCUUGUUGUAUUUGUAGACGAGCACUCGUGCUGGCACGGUCACGGUAAAGGACAUGACUAUGAACAAGAAGCAGGAGCCGCCUGCUCAUCUUCAUCAUCGACCUAUUCAAGGUGCUUCCAGAAGACCCUCCGGCAUCCUUGUCAUUGUCAUCGUUUGAUCUUCACAUUUUGACUUUACUGCGACCUCCCCAUGGUCAACGCACCUGUUUCGCUCGUCGACACGGCGAUCGGCUGACAUCGCGGAGAACAACUGGAAACAAGGUUUAUUCACUCCGAAGUUUGCUAAUAUUGUCGAGCGGCAGUUCUUCACCACAAUAAGUUCCUGCUCUUUUUGCAGUUGUAUCAGCAGAAGCAGGGUGGACACAGCACAACUCUGUUCGAAACCAGCUGUACGCGGCAGCUCAUACCAGGAAAACAAGACGUGCUUUGCCUGAGGUUGGCACGUCGAAAUGUGGCGGAACAAGGAGGAUAGCGAGUCGGACUGUGCCAGCGACGGUGGCAGCUAUGUGUAUGAGUCCGGGGAUUCAGACGAUGACGCGAUGGGACAGCCGCCGAGGUCGUCCGGCGUCGCCCCAGCUUCCUCGUCCACUGGCGGCACUACCGGAAAGGCUUCGGCCGCGGUGCUGCAGCUCAACAAGGCUUCGGGAAGUGGGGCGCCGACGAGCAGCUCGGCGAACAUUACUAGCGCGUCAAAAACAGGAAAGCGGGUGGUCGGAGAGCAGGGCAACGAUGUAAUUUUUUCGCCGAACAAGCGGUCUCUCGACGGGGAGAGCGACGUUGAGAUGACACAGGAUACCGAUGACGAAGCAAGCAGCUACCAGCAUCCGAAAAAACGGCGGGCCGCGUUUCGCUCCCUCGCUUUUCCAGUAGAGGUAGAGGAGGAAAUGGCGGCAUCGGUAGAUCAGGUAGCACUGACCGAAUUUUUUCAUAAAGAACCUUCGUGUUGUAAGUACUUAUUUUCAUGUCUGGUGUAGAAGUACCUCUCCUGGUCGUAGACUUCGCUGAAUUUUUGACUAUAGUACAGCACGGACGAGAUUUUGUUGAAUUACCCUUCAUUUUUGUUCGAUUCGUGGAUCGUCCCCACGUUGUCGACCUAUCGUUCUCACUGUCUUCGCUUUUCUAGGUGUGUGAGCUGACCGCCCUGGAGGGUGCAGACGCGAAGCUCGUGUUGAAAGAGUACAAGUGGGACGUGCAGCAGCUCACGGAGGCCUGGUUCGCGAACCCGGAAAAAAUUUGCCAGAAGGUGGGUCUUUCAGUACCGGCACUGGGAAUUUCGGCCCUGCCAAGGACCAGCGAUCUGCCGCGGGGUGGAGCCGCGUCGUCCUCUUCCUCGGCCUCCUCGUCCAGCAGCGCCGCGGGUGGCGAGCUGCAUUGUUCGGUGUGCUAUGAGUCAUUCCCGGCCUCGUCGCGCAUCUACGGGCUCCAGGACUUGCCGGACAUGAUUCUCAAGACGCCACGGCCUGCGAACAUGCUUCCGGAGACAGUAACCGCGCGGGCGGCGGACACGUCUACGGUUGCGCCCACGGAGACGCUUUUACCGCCGCUGGUGGAGCAGGACCCCGACACGGUCCUCCGGGCUGGCGGGGAACUACGAGGAAUAAACACCGGGACGACCAGCGGCGCGGGGAGUAGUAGUUCCUUGGCGGUGCAAAGCUUGGCGAAUCGGACCACGGCGUUGUCUCUGGAACAAGAUUCACUGUUCGCGCUGCCCUGCGGACACAACUUCUGCACUUCCUGCUGGCGGCAGCACUUAGAGUGCGCGGUGGGCGACGGGGCAAGCUAUCUCACGGUUCGCUGUAUGGAGCCCAAGUGCCCGGAACGUGUCCGCUGGAACAUGAUACCUGCUCUGGCUCCAAGUGUCGAGACCAAAGCAGCGGAAUUCGAGGCGAAAGAGUACUUAGCACUGCUGCAACCAGAUCUUUACCGUUUCGUUUCUGCCGACUUUUGAAUGCAAUGCCCCAAAAAGUAGAAGUUGUUCUUAUUGGCCAUAAGUAACUGCAGUACACAGGAGACCGAGCAGUGCUUUCUCGCGUCAUGAAUCUAUAGAAAUGAAACGGCUAGAAGUUGGUUCCGUGGAUCGUGAUUGAGAUCAUGAUGCACAGAUUUUCAUCGUUCGAAAAGGUAUCAAGAAAAAAAUAUUGCAGCUUCGUGGACAUGCAGCAGCGUUGCAAGUGGUGUCCCAGCCCAGACUGCGCUAACUGCAUCUUGGUAAACGAACCCUGCCGCACGAUGGAAAACGCGCGAGACAUGGCAUGGUUAAAGUCUUCGAAGCGGCCCGCCGCAGAGACCACCAGCGCACAAAAGACAAACGACGACGAUGCGGGAGAGGAGGAUGGGGGCCAAAACCAGCGGAAGAAACGCGGGAAGACCGGCGCCAAUGCUGGUCGAGCAACCGGGCAGCCAGCUGCCAUGGCGCCACAGCGUGACGGAGUGUUGCCCGCCGUAGCACCACCAGGGUUCGGCCUCGACGGCGGUGGCGCCGGCCCGCGCCCCGUAGCGGAGAGGCUAGCGGCUGCCCAGGCUUGGUACAACGAGGCAGCUGCAGGAGUGCGACGACGCAUGAGAGUAUUGUUUACUGUGGCAUCGUUGCUGUAUUGAUGUUUUUUACAACUUGUAGCGACGAAACACAAGAAAAGAAAUAUAGAAGAAGCAGCUUUAAGAUUCUACGGCCUAAAUCCAUCGCAAUGUCGCCUGGUGGCGCCGGUCUCUUAGGAGUAGAAAAAUUAGUUGUCGAGCACGAAGAAGCGGAAUGUGUGUGAGAUGAGGGCAGACUCUAUUCGCCGACAGGACUAGAAGUUGAUAUGACACCUGGCAGCUUCUUCCAAACUAAUAGGUGGUGCGCAAUGCGGAGCCCGAGCCCCCUGCUCCCCCACCCGACAUCCGGGAAGACGCCUUGCUCGCGAAUUUCAACGCCACCGCCGGGACCAGCAGUAGUUCGGGUGCCACAUCAUCCGCCGCACCGGGAAGAGACUCGAUGUUCCCCGCGUCAGCGCAACCGCUGCAGUGCCGCGAAGUGGAGUGCGAAUCGUGCGAGUACAAGUGGUGUUUCACCUGCAACCACGAGGCGCACGCUGGUGUUUACUGCCACGUUGUCGCUAAAUGGCUCGAAAAGAAUCAAGAUGAAGCACAGAAUGUGACCUGGAUCUUGGCGAACACCAAAUCCUGCCCAAAGUGCAAAAACCCAAUCGAGAAAAACCAAGGUACAACCACAUGGAUCUGUUUUUUUUUAUGUCGGCCACACGUAGCAGGAGCGUCUUCUUUCGCGCAUGUCGUGCCUAUAGGAAGUGACACUUUUCAACCGGAACUGGAGCAUAAAGGAAGGACGUUCACCUGGACGAAAAAGAUCUUUUUGGGACUCAUGUUGUUCCGCAGGGUACCACGAGAUGAAGCAUGCAAGUUAACUUUUACGGAGGAGUGUAGCACUUAAAAUAAUAGAAUGAAGCAUAUAAAGUUAAAGAUUAUUUCUGCCUGCGCGAUUAUGUUUUACAGGGUGCAUGCACAUCGUCUGUCGCUGUGGACACCAGUUUUGCUGGCUUUGCCUUGCGGAUGAUUACAACUACUCUCACACUCGGGAUGGACGCCCCUGCAACAAGUUCAUGCAGCCAGAUGAGGAGAAGGAGAUCAGCAAAAAAAAUCUUGCCAGGUAGGGAACAAACUUGCUUCUCGUCAAGUGAGCAUGCGGAUCUUCUUUGCAAGCUAGAAUUUUUGUCUCCCCGCUUCAGCAAGCGAUAACCGCCUGCGACCAGAUAAUUUUUGCCGUUCGGACUCCGUUUUCGUACCAUUCCAACUUGCAUCUUCUUUACAGGUAUGCACACUUCUACGAACGAUACGCUGCGCAUUCGCAAUCACAGACUAUCGCUUCCAAGAAGACUCGGGAGGAGGUGCGACGCAAAAUGGAGGAUCUACAGCGGCGGUUCGGGAAUUGGGACGAUGUCUUGUUCCUAGAGGAGGCUAUAAAACAGGUAAGAAAUACUGAAGAAAUAUCAUGAAUGCACCGAGUAGUAGAACAUCGCAUGUAGUGAUGGAUGCGCUAGAGUCCACCGUGCUGCGUACCGAUUGAUUUUGACGAGCGCAAAAUGGAAAUUAAGACUAAGUGCGUUGUGCUGCUAGGAAGAUGUUGGGGUGUGGGCACUUACUUCCGAUUAUCCACUUUACACGUUCAUCAGGUAAUUGAUUGCCGGCGCAUGCUUAUCCAAGAAAAAAAAAUGUGUAACUGUAUACUUUUUUGGCGGAGCAGCAUAGUUAUGUCUGGCAUGAGGAUGAAAGAAAACCCUGUCAUGCGCAGAUCGAUGGUACUACUUGAAGAUGCGUGUGAAUGGGUCCUGCAAGUGCAAUGCAUGAGCAGCAUGACAGACGCACCCAUCGUCCAUGUUACGCCGUUCCACGAAGUUACAGUAUAGGAAUCCCAUUUCUUGCAUAAUGCUCAAGUGGACCUAUGCAGUGGCGUAUUACCUGGGAGGCUCAAACCAGUUUUUCGAGUUCCAGCAGGGGCAGCUCGAGCAGAAGGUAGACCAGCUGCAGUCGCUGUUCGAAAGCAAUCCGUUCAUCAAGUCCGACCUGCGCGGCACUGCAGGCGUCGCCGCAAAUGCGGGAACAAGCGCGUCCGCCGCGCGCGGGGCGGGAAGGUCAUCCGCGUCCGUGGCAGCGGCUGGCGUCUCCUCUUCGGCAGGGAGCGGAGCAGCCGCCGCUUCCGCUUCUACCGCUAGUAGCUCAGGGGCCUCCCGGGACGACUUUCUGAAGUUCAAAGCCGAAUUGACCAACGUGACGAAAGUGGUUGAAAGCUUUUUCAAAAACAUCAUGCAGUACUUCGGAGAGCUGCGGCCGGAGCAGUUCACACUGUUGAACUGA